AUGAUUCGACGCUUAAUAUUUUUAGGGCCAAACAGGAGAGGUUAUUCUCAGCAUGCUUAUCAAAAGACGUUAAAUUUACCGGAUACUAAUUUCCCCAAAAGGUCAGAUAUAAAGAUAAGUAUUGAGAAGCUGAUUCCACAAUGUUGUGAGCAAGUGUAUGUGAAACAAAUGGAUACAUUUAUACGCCGCGUGUGGGAAUACGAUAAUCCCUUGCAGAGAGGAAAUUUUGUCAAGAAGCAUUUGUUUACUCUACAUGAUGGUCCCCCGUAUGCUAAUGGAGAUUUACACCUGGGACACGCACUGAACAAAAUUCUCAAGGAUAUCAUAAACCGUUACCAAUUAUCUAGAGGCAAGUAUGUGUUUUAUAAACCAGGUUGGGAUUGUCAUGGUCUACCAAUUGAGUUGAAAGCACUAAAAGACAUCGCUGAAAGUAAACUAGAGUCCACUGCCCCUUCAACAAUAAGGUCAUUGGCUAGCAGACAUGCAAAAAAAGCAAUUGAAACUCAAAAGAAACAAUUCAAACAAUUUGGUAUUAUGACUAAUUGGGAUGACUAUUACACGACGAUGAGUUCUAAAUAUGAGCUAAAGCAACUCACAGUAUUCCGAGAGAUGUUCUCUGCAGGCAUUAUACGAAGAAAGAAUAAACCUGUCUAUUGGGGUGCGGAAACUAAAACAGCCCUUGCUGAAGGGGAACUAGAGUAUAAUGAAAAUCAUAAAUCCUUAGCGGCAUAUGUGAAAUUUCCCUUAACUUCAGAGUCCAACCUGAGAUUCUUAGAGAAGCUACCUAAAGCAACCAUGGUUGAAUUCUUCGUUGAACGAGAAGCUAACCAGUCUAUCAGCUGCCUUAUUUGGACCACAACGCCAUGGACUCUCGUUGCCAAUCGAGCCAUAUGUUACAAUGAAAAACUCACUUACUCUCUGAUUCAACUCAAGGAUGAUAACGUCAUCGUUGCAAAAGAUUUAAUUGAUAGUCUGCAAAUGUUGGGACCGCAUAAAGUAUUAGCGGAAUUUCCUUCAACAUUACUCGAAGAUUUGGAAUAUACUAACCCGCUCCUCAGAGAUGGUAUUCCACGACCUUUAUUGAAAGCCGAUUACGUCACAAGUGCUACGGGAACAGGACUUGUUCACAAUGCUCCUGGCCAUGGCUCCGAUGAUUACUUGACAGGAUUGAAGAAUAAACUGGAGAUAUUUUCACCGGUUGACAAUACCGGACGCUAUAAACUUGAAGAUAUACCUAAACAUUUGCACGAUAUUUUAUCUGAAAACGGUGUACCAAUGAAAGUAUCCGAUUUGCAGACUUCAGCUGUAAUUUUGAAAACGCUUACGGAUAUAGGUAUGCUCCAUUAUUCUCACCAUUAUGUGCAUUCCUAUCCUUACGAUUGGAGAUCAAAGAAACCUGUCAUAGUUAGAGCUACUCCGCAAUGGUUUGCAGAUCUGCAAGAUGUUAAGGAUCUAGCCCUGAGUAGCAUGAAGGAAAUAAAAUUUUAUCCCGAACGCGGUAGAACUAGAUUAACAUCUUUCAUCGAAAGUAGAAAUGAAUGGUGCAUAUCAAGACAAAGAUUCUGGGGAGUUCCGAUACCAGCAUUUUAUAAAAAAAACGAACCAGAGGUGGCGCUCAUGACCAAAGAAACAAUUGAACAUAUCAUUAAAGUUAUCGAAAAAAAAGGUAUAAAUGCAUGGUUUUCAGAAGACCAGAGCGAUAUGGAAGAAUGGCUACCCCCAAGCCUAAAAUAUCAAAGUAAAUCAUAUGUAAGGGGCAAAGAUACCAUGGAUGUUUGGUUUGACAGUGGAACUUCUUGGAAUAUCGUGAAAGAUUUUUAUGAAGAUACACUGAAAUUGACAGAUUUACCAGAACCACUCAGUGACGUGUAUUUAGAGGGUUCGGAUCAGCACAGGGGUUGGUUUCAAAGUUCUUUACUAACAAAGGUAGCUUGCUCAGGUACUCCAAAACCUCCAUAUAAGCAAGUACUUACACAUGGUUUCACACUGGACGAAUGCGGGAUUAAGAUGUCCAAGUCAAUAGGCAAUACCAUUUCCCCAUCAGCGAUCAUUAAUGGGGAUAAAAAAUUACGAAUUCCUGCUCUUGGUGUCGAUGGUUUGAGGUAUCUCGUUGCACAAGCUGAUUUCACAACAGAUAUAGUAGCAGGCAAAACUGUGUUUAACCAUGCUGCCGAUUCCCUCAAGAAAUUUAGGUUAACUUUUCGCUUCCUGUUAGGCAAUUUGAAAGAGGGUGCAUUCAAUAUUUUACCAUUAAGCGACCUACGUCCUGUUGAUCGAUAUACAAUAUCGAAAUUACAGAAGCUGCUUGAUCGAGCUGAACAGGAUUACCGCGAUUUUAAUUUUUCCAAAAUUUUGGCAGCUGUUCAGUACCAUAUGACUAACGAAUUAUCAGCAUUUUACUUUGACAUGUCCAAAGACUGUCUUUAUUCUGAUGCAAAAGACUCACGGAGGAGACAGCAAGUUCAAACGACUUUGUUUCAUAUUUAUGAUACAUAUCGUGCGAUUAUGAUGCCAAUUUUACCCAUAAUGGUUCAAGAGUCCUGGAACUAUUUUCCACAACAAUACUUUAAGGAAAUGGAAAGACCAGAAUCUGCAUCCUUUUGGCCUUGGCCAUCUUAUGAUAUCCCUAAAGAAGUUAUGAAGACUUUUUCCAAAAAUGAAAUGGUCAUUCUUGGUGCAUUCAAGACACAACUGAAACUACUUGGUGAGAAUAUAAAUAGCCCAGCUCAAACGGUAGUACAUCUUGUCACAGAUAGUCAAGAAUUACCAUUUACAACCGACGAGCUAAAGGACAUUUUGCAGUGCAGCAAGCUAGAGGUACAUCUUAACACGCAUAUUGAAGAUUCACAAAGUCCGUUAGAACUCAAAAAUGGGUCAAAAAUUACAUUAUCAGUGAAAAAAAGCCUUCUAGAGAAAUGCCCCAGAUGUUGGAAUUACAAUGUUGAAGGAAAAGAUGACCUCUGCGUUCGUUGUGAGGAUGUAGUAAGAAAAAUCAUCCAGCCCAGAGGUCAACAGUCACCUAACAUUAUCCUUAAAAGACAUCAUUAA